AUGCCCAUCACCCGCGGCGCUCGCCGCAGCAACGACCAACAAUACGACAACAGUCAGCCUCAAGACGUUCCGGUCCCGACCAUACGCGCAAGAGCCGGCCUACCCCAAAACCGUCGCAGUCUCUCUGGCUCAAGGUCCAGCAUCGACUCCGAUGCCUCCUCCACGCUCAGUCGCGGAGCAAGCCCCGAGCACCAGCUCCGCACCAGCGGUGGUCUAGCGCCUCCGCCGCCUGUCCGCCAUUGCUGCAACGGUGGCCGUGUUGGUCUAGGCAUCAUGCCCACGAUCCCCGGCUCUCCGAUUGACGCCAGACAAGAGCGGACCAUGAUCGACGGCAUCUCGCCCAUCAUGUCCCGCGCUCCCGAGGCCUUGCCUCUCUCUGUUGCCGAUCCAGCAUUCCGGAGCACCAGCACCAGCAACCUCACCCUGACUGUUCCUCUUGCCACCCACGGUAACGGUACUUACAAUCACCACACCCACGGACAAGUAGGCGCCGGAAGAGCCACUCUCCACCCACCACUCACCAUCACCACCGAAUUCCCCAUCAUCUCUCCCUCGGUCUACUCGCCGACCGAUAACAUCACCCCGCAAGAAUAUUACAAGCGCGCUGUCCCGCAAACGCAGACGCAGCCGCAGCGCUCCCCGCUGUCACCCCUGAGCCUGAGAGGACUGGGCUCGUUCAUGGCCCGCAGGGGCUGCAAGCGGAAGGAAGUGCCGCCGCCGAUUAUCGUGCAUCCUAGCUCACCUUCGCAGUUUGCGCAUGUCGUUAAUGGGAACAACAACAGCCCGGGCAUGGAUAGCGUGGCGCUGGGGACUCCCAUUGAUGGAACAAGCAGCCGGACGCCAUCGCUGCCGCUGCCGCAACAACAGACCCCAAACCUGCCGCCCAAGAGAAGAAAGACGGUUUGGGGGAUGAUGGUGGAAGGGUGGUGGGAUUUGGGACUGUUGGAGAGGAUGGGGAGUGGGAAGAGGAGUCAGCGGAAGUAA